UGUGUGUCGGCUGCUUGUGUCCUAUCUGUCCUUGGGAUAAAUUUAACUUUUUAAGCUGCCACAUACACACAGUCACAUGCUGCAGCAAAAGAUAUCUCAUGUAUCUUCUAACAAAGUAAUAACCUGUUGUAAUUCGGGGAAACAUUUUCUGAAUGACACACUGACAGGCAGCCUCAUUUCUUUUGACAUAUCAGAGGUCUCAAACUAGAUUUCAUUCAACAGGUAACACUCAUGAUGGAGGACAGAAAAGAAAACCAGAGCAAAGAACCAGAUUCUUUACCAUGUCAAGAAAACUCUCAGGAAACAAGUGAAAAUGGGUCGGCCCAGCCUGUGAGCGCAGCAGCAGCAGCGCCCCAAAGUUCUCCCACACAGUCCCUCUCCUCCCUGCUCCCGAAGGCCCUCUCUGCUGUGUUACACCCAAAGGUGCUCCCAGGUUUGAACUCUGACCCCCAGCCCAGCAGCAGAAGUCCUGUGAAACACCCCCCUCCAAACCUGGAGCAGCUUCAGACAGAGCUGAGAGACCUGAGGGACCAGUUUGAUCAGAUGAAGAGUCAGCACAACAAGGAACUUAAACUUCUGAUGAAUGAGCUCGACGAGGAGAAAAGGAUCCGCUUGACUUUGCAGAUGGAGAUUCAGCGCAUGAAGAAGCACAUGUCAAAAUGAAGGAGUGCAGAAAUUGAUCAUCUCAGAUUAAAGAUCCUGAUGUGAAAAGUUUGAAACUGGGAUGUGUGCGUUUAGUUGACUUCACCAUCAAGCAUUUCCUC